AUGGGAGACAUAAGUAUUCAAGAUUAUAACAACAGAAUACAUCUUUUACAACAAAUUUAUUUUCCCACAGAAGUGCCGGACGAUGAUUAUGAACCGUACGAUGAAAGAUAUUUAAGAAAACCCCUUAAAAACUGGGAAGCAUACAAUCUAAUAAUCAGAGGAUUUCUGGGAACAGGAUUAUUAUUACUUCCAGAGGCGUUCCGGUAUUCAGGUGUACUAGUCGGUAUAGUAGAUUUGGUUGUUGUAUCGAUAUUCGUGACUCACAUGUACCAUUUAUUUAUGAAGUCUAGAAUAACUUUAUGCAAAAUUUUGAGGGUCGCAUCCUUAUAUUAUCCACAGGCAAUGAAAUUUGGAUUCGAAGCAGGUCCUAGUUGUCUUAGAAUAUUUAGUCCAGUGAUAGGAAUCUUCGUGGAUAUGCUGUGUUUCCUUAAUCAAUUAAACUAUCUCUGCUCCUAUUUAUGGCACAUGUCACACGAUUUGGAGCGGAUCUUCGAAAUUUGGUACGGUCAAGAUUUCGACCAUCACAGUUACGUCUUGAUUCUGGGACCGUAUCUGAUUCUCGCAAUGUGUGUUACAAAUUUAAAGGUGUACGCCAUAUUUGCGGUAUUUUCAAACGUUUUUACGCUAGUAUCUCUAAGCAUGAUGAUCUUCUAUUUAACUCAGGACCUGCCGAAUUUUACGUUGAUACCAGCGUUUUCUGCGCCGUCGGACCACAUUUUGUUUUUCGUACCGGCUCUGUAUGCACUACAAUCGGUACCAUUGGUUAGUACUGUCGAACUCAAUAUGCUAAAAGGUAAAGAUUUCCUGAGAAUACCGGGUAUUCUGUGCCAAUCGUAUGCCACAUUGUCCAUAAUAUAUUUCGUUAUUGGAGUGCUGGGCUAUUGGCGAUAUGAAGAAAAAACUGUUCUGUUAACACAUAACAUGGACGUAUCCUCUUGGUUAGUCAAAACGUCGAUAAUAUUAUACUUUUUCGGCAUUUACAUCUCAUAUGGACUACAAGGUCAAAUAGGAAUAUACGUCAUAUGGGAGCACUAUUUGACGCUUUGGAUCAACCUACGAUGGGAAUUUUUGAAAGCAUUAAUCGAGUACAUCUUUAGAUUCUCUCUAUUUGUAAUUUUGCCAAUGAUAGUUGUCAUAUACUUACCAACCGGAAUGUCUUUGUUUUUGUCAAUACACGGCAUGUGCCAGGCUUUUCUGGCGAUAAUGUUUCCGGCUCUCUUAGACAUUUCUUUGAGGUGGAAGAGAAAAAAAUUUGGCAGCUGUUACUGGAUGUUUAUUAAGGAUCUACUUUUGAUCUGUCUUAGUUGCUGUCUACUGGUACUCAGUGGAUACCAUGGGUAUAGAUUCUGUAUGGGGCAUCCUGGAAGUAACUGG